AUGAGUGACGAAGCUUUCUUAGAGAUGCUGACGCUGGUGCAAGACGUGUUGGACGCCCUGCUGAAUUUCGGCUGCUCUGCUGACGACCUGAGCAACGGAAUAAUAGUCAUGGCGGUGAAUUUACUUUUCAGAGACCUCAUUCGCCUCUUCGUUUUCUACAACGAGGGCGUAAUAAAUCUCUUGCGGAGGUACUUCGACAUGAAAAAGAAACAGUGUGAGAAUGCACUGACUUUGUACAAAAAUUUCCUCGCUAGGUUGGAGUGGAUCCCGGACUUUAUUAAGUUUUGCGAGACAGCAGGCCUGAGCUCGGGCAGCGUGUGUGAUCUGAGGCACGUGCCCGACAGUCUGCUGGACGCGCUGGAGCAGCACCUGUCUUCCCUGGAGGCUGGUAAACCACAGAACGGCAGAGCGUUCGAGUUGUGGCAACAGACCCGACUUGCAGCAAACAAAGUAGUGGUACACAACACGCCCUGCGACUUGUCUCUUAGCUCAUUUCAGCCCUCCUCAGGAAAUGAACUGUGCAAAGUGAUGUUCAAAGAGCCCGAGCGCAGUUGUAAGUUAGACGCGUCGCGGAAAUUAGAUUUCAUUUACGACGAUCCAAUAAAACUCAUACGUAAUCCUUUCGUUAGUCUGGAGCUCUUAGCGACAAAGCCUGCGAUUUCUCCCGCAGAUGUGUGCACAAAUUAUGCACCGGUAACUGCAUCAUCUUACGCACCACCUCCUUUCGUGUCUGACGAAGACUUCACAGCUGCUUUUCGACAAACAGAAAAUUGUAACGCUUCGCACGCGACGAGGAACGUGAAUGCUGUUCGUGAUAUCCAUCAAGAGAACUUCUCGAAUGUGGAGAAUAAUUUUUCUUUCGACAGACGUGGAAGUAUCGCCAAUCCUCAAGCGAAUUUCCCGAGGAAUACAUCAGGGUGGUGGCCGCAGCAUCUGACUUCGAAAAACAGUCCCGGCUACUUACCAAUGAGUGCUUCCAUGAGCAACAAGUUGGCUGCAUUUCAUAUGUAG